CAACCCUUUGUUCGAGUCUUGGUAAAAGAGACAAAAAGCACUGGCAACCAAAAUGCAUCCAUAAGGAGACAGCAGCAACCAAGGACAGAGGAGCAUCAGCAGUGAGAGGAGAAGGAGGAGAGAGGAAGGUGCCUCCUCGCCAUUGCAAUAAUUGUCUCCCUGUUGAGUCGAUGCCGGCGCGGACGUCGCUCUGAAGGGGAAACGGAAGAUUUGCCUGGACGCACGGACAAACCUAUGCUCGGAUUUCAGCUCUCUCUGCCUUCGCUAAUGCAAAAGGAAAUAUGCAGCGAAGCGUCACCAUCCUCUAUACCAGUUUACUGGGGAUGUGCUUGGGUUCGAGCGCAAGUUUCCCAAGUAACAUCAAUAUAGGAGGAUUGUUCCCCACCGACUCGCACGAAUAUGAGGUGUUCCGGUUCGCCCUCUCGCACCACCAGGACAUACCCAAACUGGUGCCGCAGGUGGAUAUGGUCAAAAUGGGGAACAGCUUCUCCAUGACAUACGCCUUUUGUUCCCAGUUCUCCAAAGGUGUGUACGCCAUCAUCGGACUCUACGACCGGAAGACCGUGAACAUGCUCAUGUCCUUCUGUGGAGCGCUGCACGUCUGCUUUGUCACCCCAUCCUUCCCCAUCGAGACAGCCAAUCAGUUCGUCAUCCAGUUAAGGCCCGAGCUCCAGGACGCACUGGUGGGAGUCAUCGAUCACUAUGGAUGGACCAAGUUUGUCUACAUGUACAGUUCGGAUUCAGGCUUGUCAGUGCUGCAAAAGGUUCUGGACACAGCAGCAGAGAGGAACUGGCAGGUGACUUCGGUCAACGUGGAGACCAUGACGGAAGCAUCUUUCUUGAAAGUGUUCCAGGAUUUGGACAAGCGGAAGGAGGGACAGAUUAUUAUAGAUUGUGAGACUGAAAGGCUCACAGGCAUCCUCAAAAAGAUUGUUGAGCAAGGAAAGAAUGCUAAGAGUUACCACUACAUCCUGGCCAACCUGGGUUUCCUGGACAUUGACCUGACAGACUUGAGAAAAGGGGGUGCCAACAUCACAGGUUUUCAACUCGUCAACAAUUCUGAGCCGACUGUCAGCCGCAUCGCCCAGCAGUGGAUGGAGUUUGAUAACAAAGACAACAAAAUGCCCAAAACUGGACUCAAAUACACAGGCGCGCUGACAUACGACGGGGUGAAAGUCAUGUCCAUGGCCUUUCAGAAUUUAAGGAGACAGAGAAUAGACAUCUCUCGGAGGGGCAACGCUGGAGAGUGUCUCGCCAACCCACCAGCCCCCUGGGGACAGGGCAUAGACAUCCAGAGAGCCUUGCAGCAGGUCCGUAUUGAUGGAUUGACCGGUCACAUUCAAUUUAAUGAGAAAGGUCGCCGAACCAACUAUACUGUUAGUGUCAUGGAACUGGCUCCUUCUGGACCCAAGAAGGUGGGCUACUGGAAUGAAGAUGAGAAGUAUGUGACCACAACCAGCUUCAUAAGAGGCAGCAAUGACACUUAUGGACUGCUGAACAGGACCUAUAUAGUCACCACCAUCUUGGAGUCUCCGUAUGUGAUGCUGAAGAAGAAUCACGAACAGCUUGUGGGGAACGAUAGAUACGAGGGCUACAUUGUUGAGCUGGCUGCAGAGAUAGCCAAGCAUGUGGGCUACCAGUACAAACUGAAAAUUGUCUCUGAUGGCAAAUACGGAGCCAGAGAUCCUGAAAAUACUAAGAUGUGGAACGGCAUGGUUGGAGAACUUGUGUACGGAAAAGCCGAUUUGGCUGUGGCUCCGCUCACUAUCACCCUCGUCCGUGAAGAAGUCAUAGACUUCUCAAAGCCCUUUAUGUCUCUGGGUAUUUCCAUAAUGAUCAAGAAACCCACCAAAUCCAAACCUGGCGUCUUUUCCUUCCUGGACCCGCUGGCUUAUGAGAUCUGGAUGUGCAUAGUGUUUGCCUACAUCGGUGUCAGUGUGGUCCUUUUUCUGGUCAGUCGGUUCAGUCCGUACGAGUGGCACGCGGAGGACUACGAGGAUGGCGCCGAGCCACAAACACCGACACAGGCAGCGGCCUCCAACGGCGUGCAGCAGGGCCAGACACCAACUCAGCAGAACACCAAUCAGCAGAAUCUGGAACAGACCAACGAGUUUGGCAUUUUCAACUCCCUUUGGUUUUCACUCGGCGCCUUCAUGCAGCAAGGCUGUGACAUCUCCCCAAGGUCUCUUUCAGGUCGAAUCGUGGGUGGCGUCUGGUGGUUCUUCACCCUCAUAAUCAUCUCUUCUUAUACUGCCAACUUGGCUGCUUUCCUAACAGUGGAGAGGAUGGUUUCCCCUAUAGAGAGUGCAGAGGAUCUUGCAAAGCAGACUGAGAUUGCCUAUGGAACGCUCGAUGCUGGCUCCACCAAAGAGUUCUUCAGGAGGUCAAAGAUUGCCGUGUUUGAGAAGAUGUGGGCGUACAUGAAGUCAGCCGACCCGUCCGUCUUUGUCAAAACCACGGACGAAGGGGUGAUGAGAGUCAGAAAGUCCAAGGGCAAGUACGCCUACCUGCUGGAGUCCACUAUGAACGAAUACAUCGAGCAGAGGAAACCCUGUGACACUAUGAAGGUGGGCGGGAACUUGGACUCGAAAGGUUAUGGAAUUGCCACGCCGAAGGGCUCCCCCCUCAGAAACCCAGUAAACCUGGCAGUGUUAAAACUGAACGAGCAGGGCCUCUUGGACAAAUUGAAAAACAAGUGGUGGUACGACAAGGGAGAGUGCGGCAGCGGGGGCGGGGACUCCAAGGACAAGACAAGUGCUCUAAGCCUCAGCAACGUUGCAGGAGUCUUCUACAUCCUCAUUGGAGGCCUUGGCCUGGCCAUGCUGGUUGCUCUGGUGGAGUUCUGCUACAAGUCCCGGACCGAGUCGCGCCGAAUGAAGCAAUCCAUCAACGACGCCUUGCGCUGCUCCACUUUGACCCGGGUAAGUGGCAAUGGAAGCGGAGGAGAGAACGGCAGAAUCCUCACCCACGACUUUCCCAAGACCGUUCAGACUCUGCCCUGUAUGAGCCACACCGCCAGCAUGGGACUGGGUGCCUCUGGCAUGUGAUCAUCACCUGACCGUGCUGGUGGGGGGCAGGGUGGAGCAGAGAAGGAGCACAAGACUCUCAAUCUAAUCUACUGGCUGUCAAUGUGCCCAACUUUACAAAAAAAAAACAAACAAAAAAAGACUUGAACUUACUGCCACAAUGUACCCUCAACCGCUCCUAACGAAGACUCUUGUGACAUUUUUUUAUAUAUUGGUGGAUGUCUGGAAAAGAGGUACAGAAAGCGGAGGGGAAAUGAUCUGCAAUAAAGAAGCCGUCUAUGGGGCGCAUUUUGGAUUUUUUUACAGUGUUCAUAAACGUGGAAAAAAAAAAGACAUUUAUUCUUCAGUGAUGCCUGCGCUGUGCCAUUUUGAUGGAAAUGUUGGUGUUAGUUUGCGUGUGCAGUAUCUCCACCCUCACUGAUGACCUGGAACUGCCCAGAAGCCACCAGUCAGCCAAAGACAGGACUGACAAAGGAAGACUGAUCAUCAGGCGAUUUUUUUAUUUUAUUUUGUAUUUUGGUAACAUUCAACUCUUUUUUUUUUUUUUUUCUCAGUCCCAUUUCCAUUCCGUUGUCGGAGAUCAAAGUGCUGUGUGUAGCAUAGGCCGUUUUUAUGAUGUAGUGUUAGGGUUUUGCACUGUUCCAACAGCAGAGAGUUUUCUCAGAAGUGACUAAAGGUUAUCGCUGAGCGACUCCACAGCUGACCUGGCUUGACAUGCGUUGCUGCUACACUUCAUUUAACACUUCAUGCCUUGGCUUGGUGCCAUAUGACCAUUCCCACAAAUGCACACUGAUACACUGCAUACUUGGGCAACUUGUUGCAACUGGGCUGCUGCUUGGUCGAUGACAUAAACAGAUAUAUUUUAAAGGGAACAGACAUCACACAACCCGGUGGUUUCGUAUUGUACUGAGUGACCUUACACUGUAGUUCACUGUUGUGACAGAUAUACCAUAUCUAUUUAUAGUUAAUUUGCACCCUACUUUUAAGAAACAAAGAUUUUGUGUAUAAAAUAGUGUAAUUCCCUUCUAUUAGUACAACAACAUAAUUCAGCCACUACUUAGAGAUAUAUUGAGCUGUUUUCAGUUUCAUUGAAAUUGGCAGCCUAUGCGAUUUAUUCGGAGUGGCAUAUCCACCCCCUGUAGUUUGUUUGUGGCCUAUAAAAGGAAAGUAGGCUCAUCUCAAUGUUCAGAGAUGAAGGAGGUGGGACUGACGCAGUGGACAGAUUUACAGUCACUGUAAUCUGUGUCUAAUGGAGGUCAAGGUUGAGGUGAUCACGGCGCUGCUUAGUUACCGAGUUCCACUUUUCACAUCACAUCAAGGGAAGGGAAAUCAGAGUGGCAAGUCCAGAGCGGCGAUAGCAAAAGGGCAGGUUGUGUGUGUUUGCUAUGUAGGCCUUUUUGGGAAAAAAACACAAAACUUCAGUCAUUUUAUUAUUAAAGAUUAAACAUGAUAAAGUUCAGAAGACAAUGUCAUUUUUUCAGUCAUUUAAAAUGAGAGAUUUAUAACAUAAGUCUUAUUUUUUUCAUAUUUACCAUGAAACUUAAAAAAAGCAGUGGCUUCGACUUUCACUUUAUUCCAGUGUUCUGUUUUAAGAUUUGUUUUUCACAGACUGCUCUCAGUUUUAUUAUUUAUUUAUUUUUUUGCAAGGUCACUAUCACAUUGUGGGCCAUCAUCAAAUCAGGGAUGCAGAGCUGUGUGAAAAUCUGCGUCUUAGCAGCACUUUUCAUUUGGAAUAACGAUGAUUUGGAAAUGCAUUGAGGACAUCUAUAGAAACUAAUUUUUAAAACUUGCACAACAAUUUCACUGCCAGAUUCUCAUUUUGUCUCCUAUCAGAGACAAUUUAAGGAAACCAAAUUCACUAUUUCAUUCAAUUAUUGAUUUUAAUCAAACAGUGAACUGAGACACCAUUUUAUGACAUUUUGGAAACUCUUUCUGGAAUAUAGUUUCGUUUUUUUCUCCUAUAGUCAGAUAUUAAUAAUUAAUAAUGUUAGACUAAAGAGUGAUGGUACACUCUUCCUCCAUGACUGAAUAAUUAUGCCUUUCAUGAAUAUUUGGUGAAUAAAGGAAGCAAAGACUUUUUACAAUAGUCUUGCGAAAGACGUCAGGCUAAUGGUCUGUUAAUUUUCCAAAAGACCCACUCUGAUAAAUAAAAUAAUAAUAAUUCAGGUGGAUUUAACAUGUUGUUGUGGCAUUUUGUUCUGAUGAUGGAGGACAUAUAGCAAGAAAAUUGAGUGUAAAAUUAUGUUUCUAAGUAUCUGUUUUUUCAAAAUGCAAUUGAAAAAAAGAGAUUAUUUGUGACAUAGAAAAUACAUUGGGUGGGCCACAAGCUCCCUGCUCCGCUCCAUCGUGAUGCAUCCUCUGGCAUCACGGCUGGAUAUCUCUAAUAUUGUUUGCCACUUUUAUUUCACCAGUAAUGAUAAGUUUGGGUGGUAUGCAAGCGGGAGAAUGCAUCAACAGAGAGUUAUCAGCAAUGGGGAGAGGAAUGGGGACCAACAGAAACUAUGUCCUAGAAAAUGACAGAUUACUUGAUUUUGGCUAACAAUGGCAUAACCAUAAUUCAAAGACAAAUGGGAACACUUUGACAAUAGAUCAAAAGUUGAUCAGAGUGGCUCUUUAGCAUUACAAAUUAAUUCCUCAUAACGAUUGUAGGAUGCCAACAAAAUGUAAACAAUUCUUUGAAAAAAAAAAAAGUUUA